AUGUCAACUGAAGCGUCAUCAUCAGCAACUCAAACACCAACGACUGCAACACCAACACCUCAAAAGACAUUCAAUCUUGCAUGUCAUUGUGGCAACGUCAAGUUCCAAGCAGACCUUGAUCAGGACUUGGGAAAGAGUGGUCGUUGUAACUGCUCGAGCUGCUUCAUCACUCGUCUUUGGGCACACCCAGUGACCAACCUCGACUCAUUCAAACUGCUUUCAUCAGAGGACACUGUUUCAGUGUACAACUAUGCCUCAAAGAGAGUGGAUCACUACUUCUGCAAGACAUGUGGCACUCAGACCUAUCUCAAGACAGACAUACCAGGCUAUGGAAAGUUCAUCUAUGUUAGCAUCAACUGUCUACAAGGACUGACCCAAGAGCAGUUCGCCGCCAUCCCCAUUCACUCAUAUGCCAACGGAGCAGAGGACAAGCAUCAUGAGACACCCAAGUUCACCAAUCACCUGUGA